AUGACUUCUCCUCCGAUUCAAAAGGACAUUAUUACUUGUUGUGCAAAAGAAACCACUAAAUGCAUAAUAGAAGAGCUUGGUGAUGAUUAUUUUGCUAUAUUGGCCGAUGAAUCAAGUGAUGUGUCUCAAAAAGAACAACUUGCUCUUCUUUUACGUUUUGAACAUCGUGAUAGUGGUAAGAUUAUGGAGAGAUUUUUGGGUAUUGUUCAUGUUAGCAAUACCACCGCUUUGUCUCUUAAAAAUGCCAUUAUGUCUUUACUUGUGGAGCAUUCAUUGAGUCCAUCUAUGAUUAGAGGACAAGGUUAUGAUGGUGCUAGCAACAUGAGAGGUGAAGUAAAUGGUGUUAAGACUUUGAUCAUAAACGAUACUCGGAGAGCUUACUACAUACAUUGUUUUGCUCAUCAACUCCAACUUAUACUAGUAGCCGUUGCUAAAAAAAUGAUAAUUGUGGUUAGUUAUUUGAGAUACUUACAAACUUGUUAA